AUGGGCUUCAAAUGUCUUGUCUCUUUCAACCAAGCUCUGAUAUCAAAACAAUUAUGGAGACUGCUCAAGAACCCUGACAUCCUGAUGUCCAAAGUCCUCAAAAGUAAGUACUAUCCUAGCUGCUCUCUGUGGGAAGCUCAACACAAAACUGCUGACUCAUGGUUAUGGAGUACCUGGUUGAAAUCAAGAAACUUCCUCAGAAAGGGUGUCCUUCAAAAUGUUGGUGAUGGUUGUAACACAUCCAUUUGGUCAGAUCCUUGGCUUGCAGGUACCCCAAACCUCUCUCCAUCCUCUGGUUUCAUUUCUGAUAGACUGAAAUUGAACAAGGUCAGUGACCUUAUGUGUGCUGAUGGCUCCACCUGGGACCAAGAUCUGAUUGAACAAUCUUUUAGCCCUGAAGAAGCUUCUCUUAUUCUGAACACUCCCUUGUCCAGAAAGGGCCAGAAGGACCUGUUAUAUUGGCAUCCACACAAGAAGGGUAUCUUUACUGUGAAAUUUGCAUACUCUCUCAUUCUUGCAUCCAAAAAAACCCUGCCCAUACUCCCUGAAUCUAGCAGCACCAAAUCCAUUGAGGCAAAGGGCGCGACCGAACUUGCUGACGUGUUCCGCAGGUUCUAG